AUGAUGUUGUCAAAUAAUAAACCUGGACAAAGCUUGUUUUUGAAAAUAUGGGAUUAUGAUGAUACAUCAAGAAAUGAUUUGAUUUACGAUGGAAAAAUAACCCUCCCAUCAAAAGCAAAUUACAAUUCACAAUCCUCUGCCAAAGCUUACACAGUGUACUUUAAAGGAAAGUACGUAACACUCAGGACCACUGUUAGAGUCUACUGUAACCCUGGUUAUUUAAUACCAGAUUGCGCUGAGCAUUGUGUGUCCCGGAACGACAGCAAAGGUCACUUUCACUGCGACUACGAAAGUGGCACAAAAACCUGUCUUUCUAGUUGGUUUGAUGUCGAUAAAAAUUGCACAAAGUUCUGUUCACCACAGAAUGAUGAUGAACAAGGGCACUAUAACUGCUCUAAAAGAGGAGAUAAACUGUGCUUAAGAAAUUGGUACGGAAAAAAUUGUACCGUGAAUUGCAUCGAAAACAUCCAGACUUUCUAUUGUGACGUAAAUACCGGAGAAAGAGUUUGUCGUCCAGAUUGGUUUGGAAGUAACUGCACAACGUACUGUAGAAGUCAAAACGAUUCAACUGGAAAUUUUCAUUGUAAUAAAACCUCCGGUAUGAAAAUAUGCAAUGCUCACUGGUAUGGAAUCAAUUGCACAAAUUUUUGUAAGGAACAAAAUGAAACGAGUGGGCAUUACUCAUGCAAAAAAGAGAACGGGUUAAAAAUUUGUCAUGAACAUUGGUAUGGAAUAAACUGCUCAGUAUUUUGUAAGGGUAAGAAUGAUUCAACUGGACAUUUUUUCUGCAAUCAAUCAUCUGGAUUGAAACUUUGUCAUCAGCAUUGGUAUGGAGCAAGCUGCACUAGAUAUUGCAAAAAACAAAAUUACUCGUCUGGACAUUAUGUCUGUGAUAAACAUACUGGUUUCAAGAUUUGUUCUGCCAAUUGGUUCGGCGAAAAUUGUAGUGUUUUUUGUUUGCAAUCAAGCAAUGACUUUAUCGGACAUUAUGAUUGCAACAGAACAACAGGUUUAAAAAUCUGUCACAAAAACUGGUAUGGGAAUAAUUGUACGAGCUAUUGUGAAGAGGACAGCGAUUCUGGGGAGAGAAAAUUAUUAUUGCAAUCAAACAUUCAAACAACGGGGCAGAGAAUAUGUCAUCCACAUUGGUAUGGUUCUGACUGUACAGUCAACUGCAUAGAAAAGUCUGAGAAUGCUGACACUUACUCUUGCGAUAAGAAAACGGGAAGAAAAGUUUGUCGUUCUAACUGGUUUGGAGAAAGCUGCGAAAUAUUCUGUAAAAGUACAGACGAUGAUUCUGGUCAUUAUUCGUGCAAUGAAACAUCUGGUUCGAAGAUUUGCCACUCGCGUUGGUAUGGUGAGAAUUGCACAAUAUUCUGUGAUGAAGGUGAAAACGAAUCUUCCUGUGGCAGGAAUGAAGGGAGAAGAUCGGAUUCAAAAGCAGAGGAUAACAACGAAAUCUGGUUCAUCGUUGGAGGUGUAAUUGCCGCUUUCCUGCUUAUUUUCGGUGUGAUUGUCAUGAUCAGGGUGAGGCGUCGAAAGAUGACGACAAAAAUGGCCGAUCCUGGUGGUGGUAUGAACAGACAAAAUACACUUACCACGCUAGUGAUGGAAAACUUUGGAAUCGACUCUGAAGACACGAACGAUUCACGUGAGUGCAAAGGCGACAAUACCACAAACACGCCAGCUGACGAAUUUAUUGUUUCUGGGAAUCCUUUGUACGGAGAAUAUACUGGAAAUCCUGCGCAUGAAGAAUUUACUGGAAAUCCUUUGUAUGAGGAAUCUAUUGGGAAUCCUUUGGAUGAAACAAUUUCGGAAAAUCCUUUGUAUGAAGAAACGUCCAAGGUGUGAAAUUUCGAAAAAAGACAUUUCACGUAUACGCGUGUGGCUACCACCUCCGCAGGCGCUAGGCAGCAUUUCGGGCGAUUUCUGAAAAUAUUUGCCCGAAAGGGCCUGCGGAGGAGGUAGCGCGUGUGGAAUAGUUUAUGGCUUUUUAUAACGAUAUACUAGGACUCUUAAAUAAUGCUUUUCCAAACCUUAAUAUAGUUUUAAAGAAAGGAAAUAAGACUUUUUUACGCAUGAUUAGCUAAUAAUCACUUCUUACAAUAAC